CAAGUGUUGAUUCAAGUCGCACUUUCAUACUUGGUAAAAGACGAAAGAACAAACGAAAUGUAUAUGACUCGCUGAUACGAUAUCAACGUGCUCAUCGCUUUGCGAGAAUAAUGAAACGAAGGAUUUAUCUGCGCCGCAAGGCUGCAUGGGAACGUGAUGACCCGGAAGAGACAUUCAGCGUAGACUCUGCAAACAGCGUGUGCAGAAUGAGUCAAGAAUCUGCCCACGGACAAGGCAACAACAAUGAACACGUCAGUGUUCAUACUGAAGCAUCUAGUUUCACCCCUCCCAUCCAAAAUGUACCCGUCAAUCAACAAAAUGUUGGGAAUAACCUGAAUGCUGGUGGUCAACCCGACCUUGUAAUUCCGACUUUCUUGGCUAACAUGUUGCAACAAAUAGCCAACGCACCAAUGUUUCAACCACCUCCACCACCGCCACCUCGAGUUAUAACCUACAAAACUCUAAGGGAUAACGGUGCAAAAUUAUUCCUAGGGGAUCGCAUCGGUGAACCCCAAAUUGCGUGGGAUUGGAUCAAGCAGACUGCUCGAGUGUUGAAGGAUCUCAAUGUACCUAUGGACAACUACCCUCGACUGGCUUCUCAACUGCUGCGCAAUGAAGCCUACGAGUGGUGGAAGAGAACCGAUGAGAGUGCGGGAACCCCUAAGCCAUGGACAUGGACACAUUUCGAUUGGGCAUUCAAGCAAGAAUAUAUUCCGAAACGUUUUAGUGAGGAAAAACGUAAGGAAUUUGUUGAGCUGGAACAAGGAAACAUGACACUCGCUGAAUACCGUCAGAAGUUCACCAAACUUGCAAAGUUUGCGCCAACCUUGGUGAGUACCCCAACCGAUCGCAUUGAGGAAUUCAGGACGAAAUUUCGACCUGACCUAAGGUCACGUGUGUCCGUCCUAACCACCGUGGACUUCGCAGAGGCCUACGAGAUCAUAGCCAGGGCAGAUAGUGACCUGAGUGCUUGCAUAGAGUACCUAAAGGCAAACAAUGCUGGCUCAAGCACUCACCGUCCCACUUACUCUGUCUCAAAAGGAAAAAGGCCCUUCCAGGAAUCUAGUAGUUCACAUUUCUCUAAAAAGGGAAAAUCUGCACAAACCCAGUCAAUGACAUUCGGUAAUAGGACUAAGGGGUGGAAAAAUCCACAGUGCGAUAAAUGCGGAAGACACCACCUUGGGGAAUGUUGGCUUACACAAGGGUUGUGCCUCGGCUGCAGAAAACCAGGACAUUUCAAAAAGGAGUGCCCUACAAAUCCUGGAGAACCAUUUCCAUCUGCCCCCGUUGUUAGCCAAUCUGCAUCAGCACGACCUGCACCAAGUCAACGGUCAACUGCGGGAUCUAAUCCUGUUAAAAGUCAAAACAAACAGCAAGGACGAGCUCCUGCCCGGACCUACGCAAUGAAAGCGCGAGCUGAGGAAAACCCUGACGUCAUUCAGGGACAUCAGUUCUCUGCCAAUCUUGUCGAAUUACCGUACAAAGAAUUUGACAUCAUCCUCGGAAUGGAUUGGCUCACCAAACACCAAGCAGUUAUCGAUUGCUGACAACGAACGAUUCAACUAAAGUCUGGAGAGGAAAAAUCUAUAGAGGUGAAAGAGAAGCUAACACCUAAAUCCACUGAAUUCAUCUCGUACAUACACGCUAGGCGCCUCAUUCGGAAGAAAUGUGAAGCUUAUCU